CCUCAAGCACUGUUGCUAUGGCGACAUUCGCAGUCACAGAGCCGUAGCAACCAGGUAACGUUAAACAGCGUUAGCUAGCUAGCUAGCUAGCAUCUUGGUUACUGGUUUGUUUUGUCCCAGUUUAAUCGCCCAGUGUUUCUGGUUAUUGACAUUAUACUAUGUAAAUAUUUUUAAUUUAAUACUGACUUUUGUGACCGUGUAAUAACAGAGAUAGAAAGCGGCGGGAAUUUCUCAAAGAAGAAGUUCUCAAAAUGGCGUCAGAUCAAACCGCUCCAGAUUCACAAGCUUUAGAUCCUGACAGCUGGUUGGCUGCACAGCGUUCAGCUCUGGACGGAGACUACAGUCAUGGCGUCCUCCGGAGACUCGUAGCUCAGCUCUUCCUCCGCCGCGACCAGCACAACGACGACGGCGACGACCAACCCGCCACCAGCCAGCCGGUGGUUUCACUGCUGAGCUCCAUCAGCAGCCAGACGACUCUGGUGCGUUCGCUGCUGGCUGAGCGGCUCAACAGCUCUGAUUGGAGGGACAGACUUCUCUCCUGUAGCACGCUCGGCACCCUCAAAGGACCCUUUAACAAG